GUGCGUAUUCCCGACGAUAGUGAUACUGAAUACUACUGCAAGUUUUUCAGAGUACCCGAAUUAAAUCAAAAACAUCACAUUAUUCACUUUAAUACAGUUAUCGAACCGGGAAACGAAAAAAUUGUACAUCAUAUGAUAUUGUAUGAGUGUACAAACGUCGAGACGGAAAAAAUAGCGCCUUAUUUAAAUGAAGAAUACACCGAAUGUUACACUAAAGAUAACUUACCGAAAUUUCCAUUUUGUUUUACUCUUACCUAUGGAUGGGCCAUUGGAGGAGAAUCGUUUAUUUUUCCUGAUCAAGUAGGUCUUCCAUUAGGUAUUCCAGAAGUUAAAUGGCUUUUAUUAGAAACUCAUUACGAUAAUCCCAGUUUAAAAAGAGGAAUCGUUGAUAAUUCUGGAUUUAGAAUUACGUAUACGCCAAAACUUCGUAAACACGAUGCUGCAGUAUUAGCUAUUGGAAAUUUAUGGUAUCCUUGCAUGUUUAUCCCACCGAAACAGAAAGAAUAUAUUGUGGCAGGACACGCACAUCCAUCUUGUUUACGUCAGAGACUUCCUCCAGAAGGAAUCAAAAUAUUUGGUUUUCUACUUCAUACUCAUCUUCUAGGUAAAAAAGUCAUAGUCAGACAUUUUCGAAAUGGAGAAGAGUUAAUUCCUUUAGCUAAAGAUUUAAAUUACGAUUUUAAUUAUCAGGGAGGAUUAUCGACGAGAAAAGAAAUGUGUCUGGCAUUUUUUGCAUAUUAUCCAAGGUUAAAGAUAUCUUUUUUAGCUAGUUGCCCGUCGCCUUUCAAUGUUAUGAAAAGACUCGGAGUGAAAGAAAUGUCGGAUGAUGAUAGAUUCGUCAUCUCACCAUCAACUGGAAAGAAUCAGAGUUAUUACGAGUUUUUAAAUACUUAUCCAUGGGAUUAUCAAUCUGUCAAUUCUGUACAGAAUGCAAUGAGAUAUGGUCCUCAACUGAAUAUUUGCGCUGAUAGAGGAGGAAAAGGAAUACUGAUCUUAAUUCAGGCCAAAGCCGUAUGGCUGAUCAUCAGUCUCACUGGCUGUUGCGACAUACAGUUCAAUUUAGGAUUCUGGUACUGA